AUGGGCGGGUGCUUAUCGGUGGAGGUAAUUGCAGAGAGCGCGCCCAGUUCGCCCUUCGGUAACGUCACAUCCACCACGCCUAGGUCCCGCGCUCAUUCCGUCGCCUCCAGCCCUGGUGGUAACCAGCGUUUCGCGACGGGUUUUUCGCCUCGAACGCCGAGGGAAGCUGGGGAUGGGAGCGAGGCGGAGGGUAACGGAGCAGGGGGCAGAGGGGUGGCGGGCGGAGGGGGGAAGUUCAGAAGGGGCGCGGGGAAAGGGAAGAGGGUGGGGAGCGGAGUUGGCGGAGCGAAGGCCGUGUCUAGCGGCGGGGGGAGAGGGGGCGGAGGGGAGGGAGGGGAAGGAGGGUGGGGACGGGGAGCGGAGAGGCAAGGGGGGCCGGUAGGGAGGGGGAAUGGGAGAGGGGGAGGAGGGGACGGGUACGGCGGAGGUGGCAACUUGGCAGCACCGCAGAGCGUGCCUGUGGAACAAGCAGCUGGUGUCCCAUCAGGUAGGGAGCAAGCAGCUGGUGUCCCAUCAGGUAGGGAGCAAGCAGCUGGUGUCCCAUCAGGUAGGGAGCAAGCAGCUGGUGUCCCAUCAGAUGCCACCUCCACCAACUCUGGCGGCCUUUCCGCCGCCCAAUCGACCUCCUCCGAUCCCAGGGACGGGCGGGGCACGGCCCGCAAGUUCCGGCUGCACGAGCUGCGGGCGGCGACGUCGUCUUUCAGCAAGAAGGCGGUGCUGGGCCGGGGCAGCUUCGGGGAGGUGUAUCUGGGGAAGCUGGGGGGGAAGGAGAGCAAGGAGGUGGUGGAAGUGGCGGUGAAGAAACUGAAUCCGGAGAGUUCACAGGGGCUGGAUGAAUGGCUGGUGAGUCCUCCUGGGUCGUUCGUGUUGCAGGGGCUGGACGAGUGGCUGUAG